CUUUUCUAAAAUCUCGCCGCUAUAGAAACGAGCUUCGAUAGUGCUCUAACAUUCGAAAAUCUCAAAAGGCGUGUCUAACCACUAUUAUUUGCUGAUUUUGCUUCCUCUUGUACCUAUCCUGUCGUAUUGACGGCGCGACAGCUGGCCAUGGCUCGUACAGAUCACGUAGAUACAUGCAUAUUCUAGUCGAAAAUCAAGCAGGAUGAGCGGGAAAUAUGUGGACUUGGACACGACAUUAACUAAAAUCGCCUCGUCUUCAUCUACGGUCCGAAAAGAUGGGCUCGCCGAUCUCGAGCAUUUGUUUCGAUACAACAAAGACAAUCACGUGAUAGAUGACUUCAAGGACAAGACCUGGCAUAGCAUAUAUGAGGCCUUAUUCACCUGCACCGCAGUUGAACGAUCGUCUUUUCUGAGGACGAGUCAGAGCCAGAGAAAUAGGGCCGCUGCACGUCUUGCAGCUUGUGGCAAGGCCUUGCGUAUUACGGUUACUGCUGGUGUGAAGCGUAUCCGUGCUAAGACGGUCAAAGCCGUCGUUGAUCACGUCUUGCAAACGUUGCCAACUAAAGAGGGACCGUACUGUCCUGGACUUGCACUGGACUACGUGAAAACUCUACGUGUAAUUCUCGAGUACCAACCUCACGUUGAGCAUUUCCGUGACCUCUGGCAGCAAAUUCUAGACUUUUGCCUCGAGGGCCUCUCGCCAUUACGCGAAGAAGACGACGAAGAAAAGGGAGAUGUUCUGGAAACAGCUGGGGCGUCGAUGCGGAUGCAUUCAAUUACCCUGAGUCGUCGCUCUCGUGCCACUACACCACAGCUACUUCGGCCGCGACAGACAUCUGCGUUUCGUGCUGAGAUUGACGAUCUUGUUGCAUGCAUGUACCAGCUAGUUCGAGCAACAAAUGCGCAAGUUGUUGGAAACGAGCUUCGUAUAUUUCAUGCAUUGCAGACGUUUCUUAAAUCGUCCGACUCGGUUCGACUUUCUUACACCGACGCUUUUGCUGCCAUCAAUGCCAUUCUCGCCAGAAUUGUCACUGGCUCAACUGGCCUUACCAGAUCUAUUGCAAUCCAUUUAGUUCCUCUUGUGAAGGAAUUGUGGACGUCUAAGUCGUCAACAUUGAGAGACGAGAUGCUUACAAGUCUCGUGCUUACGAAAGAUCAUGUCCUUGCUCUGACAGAGGAUCCUGCCGAAAUACUCUUCAGAUCCGAUCUUGAGAAUUUGGUUGAGACUCUUCAGCUAGACUACAGCAAGCGGAGGGAGUCGGACCAGCUCCAGCUUAGUGACCUAGUACUUGAUCUUUCUCUUUCGCCAAUGGGCAUGUCGAAUCUGCGAUUGCCUGCAUUUGGGCUACGUCGUGGCCACUUGCGUGCUGAAAGCACUUGGACUAUCCUUCAUCUGAUUGCUGCAUACACUUCAGCUUUGGAUAAUAGGCAAAUAGCUGUAAACAUUGAUCCAGCUCCGGAUGACGACAUUUACGAAGGUGCGAAGCGACCUAGGAUAACGCUGCUCUUCGAUGACAUGCUUCGAUCCGCAUCAUCAUCAGUCACUGGGAAUCAGAUCUCGAACCUGCAAUACAUGUGCUUCAGAGCUCAGAUCUCACAAUUGACGAAAAAUCAAAUCGUAGAGACGCUCAGCGCUCUAUGUGGUCUUAUGAAUCAUUCCAGCCCUCAUGUUACACAGUGGGCUAUCCUUUCUCACGUAUGUGUUGCUUUUCAGUUAUCGGCUCAGGACAUCUCCAUUCGGGAACAAUGGUACAACGUUUUUCUACUUGCUGCAAGACUCCUGACAGUGGAUUGGUGCUCCCGACCGGCCUCAUACCUUUUAUUUGUAUUGCUGCGACUGCAUCUUCUCAGGUACGGAGAUAUUGCCUCCAUUGCGGAUUCGAUCCUUGAAUCUGUCGAUCUCCAAGGGCCGACUUCUGCGUGCGAUGCAACCUUAGCUCUACUGGGGUUGUUGAUGGAUGAGCGUGCUGCUGAAAAUCCAAGCACGGCUUUAUCCACUGCCCAACGUCUAGUUCAAUGGCUCAUACAAAAGUGGUCACCUGGAAAUUUUGACAAUAAAGAAGUAUCGGCCAGAUACGCGAAUACUUGUAGACCAUAUGAUCUGGUAAUAUUUCUAACGAGAUGUCUGGGAUCCGAGGUCUUCUUCAAAAGGUCAAUAUUUCCUCUGUGCGGACCAACUGCUCAAGCCUGGCGCAAACUAGAGGAAACCGCCGAGUUGAGAGGCUUCCUACUGCUGCUGAACUCUGCGAAGUUCUUGUAUCAACCAGAGGAUCCAAUCAUCAAUGGAAGCGUGCCCGGCGCUCAUCUUCCAUCGGCCCUUGUCGCUCAAAUCAUUGAUGCUUUAGAUGGGGAAACUGCUCGCGUGCUUGGCAAUUGGAUAGAAAUUGCAGCAGAUAAGCCUUUGAGCUUUCUACCUGAUAUGUUCAUUGUCGUUGCUGGGGUCAUUACUGUUAAUGCGAGUAUUAUCCAGUGUGUUGAUCGUCGCUCAUUUAAACGCAUCGAAGCGCUUCGGAAGCGGGAAGAAGAACUCAUCAAGGCCUUCUUCGCAAUGCUUGCGAGACCAGAGUGCGACAUGGAUAAAUUGGACGCGGUGUUUAAUGCUCUAGCUGACUACUUACCGAACUUUGAGAAGCUGAAUGACAACACUGGUGUCAAUGGUGUCUCAGCAGACAACCCAUUUGUCAGUUUAUGUGUCCACUUAGCAUCUGCUCUAGAUCGCAGACAACGAACCAAAACCGAGGCAGUUGUCGCUGAGGAUGGCAUGGACAUAGACAUCGGCUUCGAGUCUCAAAGUAGCGACGCUGCUGCACUUUUGGUAUCUGAAAAUGCAUUUCGAGACGUUGGGAGAGCCUCCUCCAGUUUAAGUUCCUUUGGUCACUGCGUUAAUGCUCAGGCUCACCUAUUCACUGCCGUAUUGCGAGACUCCGUUGAAUUGCCGACAACAGCGGGAAACGUCAGUAUUGUCCCGAAUUCGUUUGUGAGUUAUUUGAUCGAGCUAUCUCCGAAUGAAUUCUUUGCCAGCCGAAUCGUCAUAUCUGAGGUACUUAGCACUGGUGCUACUCUCAGAACGGGAGAAAUAGAAGCACUUUUGGAACAUCUUGGCUUAUUCCUUGAAACAUAUGAAUACGCACGGCAUGAAAUUGCGCUUUUACUUCAUGUCGAAUUACUUCAUCGAACUAUCGCAGACUGGACAAACGGGGAGAACAACUAUAUUACCGAAAGUGCCUCUCAGGCCUACGAGUGGUUAAUCAAUGUCGCUUUGCCUAACAAUAUCUGUUCUUCACAUGUCAAAGUUAGCAUCGCAUCAUUGCUUUUACAACUAUUCAAAGCGAAAGGGCCGAAUUAUGAAACCAGCCCGGAAAUAGCUUCAGUUCGGACUGCCUUAUUUCGAUUGCUCCAAUCGGAUGACUUGCUUGUUAUUGAGCGUGUCAUUCGUGGUGUCCCCGAUCUGUUCCAUCAGUUUACACUGGAAAGACAUGAAGACGUCUUCAAUGAUUUGCAUUCGAGUUCUCUCUACUCUGAGACAUGGAUAGAGGGCAAUGCGUUGCGAAUGCUUCUCUUCUCUUCUCUCGGAUCCCGUUGGCAUACAUUGCUUCGGCGUUGUAUUUACCACAUCUUUGAGACUGCUGGUGCAAUACCCGCGACUGCGCCAUAUGCCUCUCGAUGUAUUCAAGAGAUGGCGGUUCAAUUGAGGUUGACGGAGCCACAGGCACUGUUCCGUCUAUUUGCUGGACAAUUGAUGUAUACGUGGACACGACAGUCAGAGGGCGGAUGGAGCAAUAUACCCUUUGGUAUCUUUGGCUAUGAUAGUCUCCGCAGUCUACUCUUUGAUGUUCGAGACGAAGUAUAUGCGCAAGCAUUGCUACGAAACGACACAAAUGAACUUGUUGAAACAUCUCGAAUGAUUGGAAUCGGCCAAAACGAGCUGGCAAAGUACGGAUUUGCUAGAUCUGCGGUUUAUUGUUAUGCAUGGGAUGCAGAGAAAAGGAGGCCGGAGAAGGAGAAGUCUGAGACCAGGCUUCGAGGCCUUCUUGGUUCCAACUACACUGCGGAAUGCCGCGCGCAUUUCCCAAAAGCAUUUGGAAUAUUGAUUCUCAGAACCAACUUCGAGAAAAAGACGAGGUCUAACAGUAAUGAUCAGCAGAAAGCUCAGAAUUUCUCUAACGACUCUGUAAGGGAAAUUGAUAAAGAGAUUGCCGAGCUGAUGUUUGAAAGAGCCAUCGGAAGUGCAACAGCUGCAAACAGAGAAGCCAAAUUCGAGGCCAAUGCCCUGAAGGCAUUCAAGGCGAUGACGGAACUGAGUUCAUCCGAUAUGUGUCUACCAGAUCCUCAACAACCGGUUUUCAGGCCGAAGCACUUUUUGGAGGUGGCUGAUCGUAUGGCUCGUCGAGCCAAGACAACUCUUGCAAGCGCUCUGGACCCUGCUGUUUAUGUUUUCGUACUACGCCUGCUUCUCAGUCAGGUACACGAUGCACUCGGGUCGUUGUACUCCUGUCUCAUCGUCCGCAAGAUUCGAAUUCUCGUAGCGCUUGCUGGACAAUCGGCACUAAGUGGCUACCCGCUCGAGGCAACACUCUUCAGCCUCCGUCCGCUUCUAACGGACAAGCUUUGCGCCGAAGAUGCACUUGGGAUUGUUCAGUAUCUUUAUACAAACGGCAUCAAUUAUUUGAGGCAGGAGAUAAGUUUUGUGGCAGGAAUGAAUGUCACGGCGCUGAUCUCGCUACGGAAAUUUCUGGGAUCCUCGCAAGAGAGUACUACUCAAGAAUCACAUCAUCGUGCAACACUCAACAGAGCCCAUGCAUUCAGAAAAUGGCUAGUCGAGAUAUGGAGCAAAAAGUUUGUAGAAGAUAUGGCUGAUAGUGAGCACAAGAAUGCCUAUCUUCGAAUGAUAUCUUAUGCAUACGGUGCUGGCAUUAAGGCAAAUCCCGUGAAUGGUUCCCCGGAAAGCAAUCUUCUACGACAGUUAUUGGAAGAUAGGCGCGCAAAACAUCGCCUGCUUCAAGGAGCUACAUGGGGUCUUGCAUUAAACUUGCUCUGCUCUGACUUUGACGAGCCGCCAUCCUAUCGUGAAGACAUGCUUGGACGCGAUGAAGACGCAAAGAAUUAUGCGACUGAUAUAUGGAGCUCGUGCCUAGAAGUUGAUGUAAACGAAAGAUAUCUCCAGUGGGCUGGACGAAUCCUCGGAAGGGCAAAUAGCAAUGACGAUUUCGACGGUUCCAUUUUAACACAUAUACAUAACCAUUCCAUGCCGGACUACAAUGACGAUGAGAAAGGUGAAAGUUCACUGAAAGUCAUUAUUGAUACUAUACAAAAUCUCCUGCUAUCCGGGGACUGUUUGCAGACCGGCCUUGCCGAGGAAACACUACGAUCCAUACUUGUCCACGCAGAUACGCAGCAAUUGGUACUCGAACUACAGGAGCUGCUUCCUCAAUCAGUGGCCUAUGGGCUUGCUUUACAGACUGAAGAUGUCGUGGUUCCAAUUACUAUUCCAGCGACGGUGCCGCUUGAAACUUGCUUUAUAAGUGAAAACAUCCCAGCAUACGACGUGUGGCUACGGCAGGUUACCAGGUCUCUUGUUGCAAGCAGCAAUAGCAUGUCAAUCGUGCGCUCGCUCGACAGGAUAUUGGCAGGUGUCAACGGAUUGGCAGAAAAGCUUUUUGCUCCAGUCCUUCACUUAGUCUUGAGUCAAGAAUUGUCAUCUACAGGCUCAGCACGUCAGUGUCUGUCCAAAGCCUAUAGAGAAUGGCUAUCACGACCUCCACGAAAUUCCGAACCACAUAUACGAGUUCUCUUGAACUCACUCCUGUACUUGCGGAAGCAACCUUAUCCUCAGGAAUUGACCAAUGCUGACCGGUUAAAAUGGCUGGAUGUCGACUACUCAACUGCGUCAACGGCAGCCGAGAUGUGUGGAAUGUACACGGCUGCGUUGAUGUUCGCAGAAUUAACUUCCGUAAGCGAGCUUGUGAAAGGAUCUAGGCGGAGUACGACAACACUCAAUCAUUCCGCCGUCUCCGAGGAGACUAUGCUUGACAUUUAUCGCAAUAUUGACGACCCAGACUCUUUUUAUGGUGUACCCCAGCCUCCCAGUCUGGAUCUUGUUUUACACCGACUAGACCACGAAGCUGAUGGCUUCAAGGGCCUGAUGUUCCGUGCCGCUAGGCUGGACAGUCAGAUGCGCAGAAAUAACGAGUUGUCAAAGACCGAUAAUGUCGCCAUUGUGAAGUCUCUUGUCGGCAUGAAUAUGAAUACACUUACCUACAAUUUACUCUCUAGUCGCAAUAGUGCUUUCAAGGCUUCUGGAACCUUGGAUUCAUUUUUGCAAACCGCGAUGAGACUGGAACAAUGGGAUGUGCGAGUUCCAGAAAACGCUUCAAGUGACACUGUCACUCUCUACAAGAUCUUCCAAACCGUCAAUAUCGCUAAAGACAUAACAACUGUCCGCGAACAGAUCAACGCCGGAAUCACCCGCACUAUACUUAAUAUGAAAGCUCCCACGACUGUGGAUCGCACUUUUAAGUCAUCUCUAUCUACUCUGGGCAUUCUCACAGAUAUUGAUGGCAUGAUCACAUCGACAUCACCUGAAGAAUUACAUGACAUUUGCGGCCUUUUGCAUGAACGUGAGGCAAGUUUGUCUAGUGUCAGUAUCGCGGAAGCGGAGUCUGUACUAAGUUCUCGCGACAUUUUUCUUAGUACAGUUUGCUCAAAUGCAUCUUUGCGAGAUGCUAUGCAUGUGAGCAUAGAAUGUGUCCGCAAGUCACAGGUCGAUGCGAUUUUGUCAUCCUGUAGAGUUUGGAAAAAACGACAUGGUUCGCAGGAAUAUCUGGAUGCCGUUACCUACCUGUCUGAUUUGGUUCCAAUUUGUGCCGAGGUUGGCAUUGACAUCCGCAAUUCUUCUGAUAACGCUGCAGCAGAUGCCCUUUGGACCCAAGGCGAGUACAGCACAUCUGUUAGGAUGUUGCAGCGCAUUAUCGACGGUUCGAAGCCCAAGAAUGAAAGUAAUGACGUACAUCCAGCAGCAGUACUUGCUAAAAUUGGACACCAUGCUGCCGAAGCACGGCUCGAAACGCCGCAUCAAAUUUUUCAAAAUUAUUUGAUGCCAGCAAUUAAUGAGCUGAGAGGAAAUAACACUGGUCCCGUCGCCUCGCAGGUCUUUCACGAACUUGCAACGUUCUGCUACGAACAGCUGCAGAACCAAGAGAACAUUGAUGACAUUGAACGAGCCACAAAAGUUAGGAAUCGCCGGCAGAUUGAGGUAGAUGGACUUACGUCUGAGAUAAAGGCUAUACGAAGCCAAGCAGAACGCAGAGCGCGGGAAUCUGAACUUAGUCGAGCUCGACGAUGGCUCCGGCUUGACAAAGCAGAGCUCGAGCGACUUCGCAAAAUCAGGGAGAGCUUUGUGGAACAAUGUAUAGAGAAUUAUCUCCGCUCUUUAACCGCUUCCGACGAGCAUGAUAACAAUGUGUUGCGAUUUUACGCAAUCUGGCUAGAACACGCCGACUCCGAGCUUGCAAAUAGUACCGUCAACGCGCAUAUUGAUCAUGUUUCCUCGCACAAAUUUGUCAGGUUGAUGAAUCAAUUAUCCUCACGCUUACAAGCGGAUAACACACUGUUUCAGAAAGUCCUUAGCAAACUCGUUUUUCGGAUUAGCAGUGAACAUCCUUUUCACGGCAUGCAUCAUAUUUCGGCCGGUUCGCACGAUCCAGGCACUGAUCAAGUUGCUAGCAUAUCCCGUCAUAAUGCAGUCAAGCAGAUUGCAGGCAAACUGAAGGCCGACAAAGUAGUUGGAAAGCUUUGGGACUGUAUGUACCAGAGUGACAUACUGUAUCACGAGGUAGCGAUAUAUACGGACGACGAGGUGGCAAGACAAGGACGAGAGCUUAGGCUCGAUGCGAAGGAUCCGACCAAACGUCUGCUCACUCACAUUCCACGUCUCCAAACCCCUCCCCCGACUCUAUCAAUUCCCGUCAGCGCAAAGCUAGAAUACAAAGCAGUACCACGAGUUAUUGGCUUCAGGACAAUGAUGCGCGUUGCAGGUGGCCUAAGCGCUCCUAAAAUAAUCACAAGCAAGCUUAGCGACGGUACCGAGUUCAAGCAGUUGUUUAAGGGCGGGAAUGAUGACCUUCGCCAAGACGCGAUCAUGGAACAAGUUUUCGAAGAAGUAAGCAAGCUUCUUCGAAAUCAUAGUUCCACCCGCCAAAGAAGAUUGCGAGUACGAACGUACAAUGUUCUGCCUCUCAGCAACCAUUCUGGUGUUUUAGAGUUCUGUGCAAAUACAACAGCUUUGCAGGAUGCCCUUAUUCCAUUGCAUCAAACGUACCACCCCAAAGAUCUCAAGAGCAGCGUGUGCAGAUCGAAAAUCAGCGACGCAGCACGUAACACAACCGAGGAGCGAAUCAAAGCCUACCGGGAUGUAUGCAAGCAAUUCCACCCUGUGAUGCGACAUUUUUUCUUCGAGCGCUUUCCAGAUCCAGACGUGUGGUUUGAGAAACGCCUUGCAUAUACUCGAAGCAUGGCUGCGAUGUCGAUAUUGGGGUACGUCAUUGGCCUGGGAGACCGACAUCUCCACAAUAUCCUCCUCGACUACUUUACGGGCGAGGUGAUACACAUAGAUCUGGGAGUCUGCUUCGAAGCCGGUCGAGUCUUACCGAUUCCUGAGGUGGUUCCAUUCCGUCUUACUCGAGAUUUGGUCGACGGCAUGGGCUAUACUCGCACAGAGGGCGUCUAUCGUCGAUGCUGCGAGUUUACGCUUGAAGCUCUUCGGGAAGAGCGGGAGAGCAUCAUGACAUUGCUGAACGUUCUGCGCUACGACCCACUCUAUUCGUGGACUGUGAGCGCGACCAAGGCAAAGAGGAUACAAGAGACGGAAGAUGUUCCCAACAGAGCGGUGGACGAGGCGAAUAUGAUGGAAGCGUCGUUGCGAAAGAAGGAUGAUGACAUGGGCGAGGCAGGGCGGGCUCUUUCGGUAGUGGAGAAAAAGCUUAGCAAGACGCUGAGCAAGGAGGCGACUGUAAGCGAACUCAUCGCUCAAGCUACGGACGAACGGAAUUUGGCGCUGCUAUUCGCAGGGUGGAGUGCCUGGGUAUAAGCAUGAUGAUAGUGCCCUUGUGGAUAAUCAAGCGUCAAGAAAGAUAAGGCGCCGUACGCGGUACAGCGGAAAAAAAACAAAGAUAC